GAAAUUUGGUGGUUUCAAUCCCGUAACUAAAGUGAAAUCUCUGCAUGAGUAAUUGCGCGGCGCCGUUAACUGCACACGAUCAUCCGGGCACUUUGUCUGGCUCAGAAAAAAAAUCGAUUGAAAAUCUUUUAAGUUUAAAUGAUGGCACACUAUGUGUACCCAGCAGCUAAUGCAGCACAGCCUGCCCCAGCUUAUCCUGCUGCAGUACAGACAGCAUUUGUUGCAGCAACACCUCAAGCAGCAGCUUACGCUACAGCACCAAGAGCAGGACAGGCAUACGAUGCCUACCAGACACAACAUACCACGCCGCAAUAUGCUUAUGCUAGAACUCAAGUUGCAGUUACUCCUGCUGCCACAUAUGAACAAAAGACAUAUUAUCAGCCUGCACAAGCUACUGCAACUUACACAACAGGAGAUACACAAUAUCAACAACAAACUGUUGUGGUGAAACCAUCAUAUUCCACUGGUACAACUUACACAGCACAGAGACAGGCUACAGUACCGAAGGUGCAGACAGUUCAAGUGACGUCUACACCGACUAACUAUGUUUACACUGCCGGGGCUACUAGUCAGAGUGCAACAACGUACAACCCUGCCACAACUUACCAGUCAGCCACCACUGCUACAACUUCAACUUAUUCUGGUUAUGAUGCAGCCCUAUACUCAGCUGCAACAAGUUAUUACCAGCAACAACAAGCUGCUAAAGCUACUGGUACCUGGUCUACACUGAAGAAAACAGGAACCACCACUGUGGGCAAGAAUGGAUUAGGAAAGCCAAAAGUUACAAAGCAGCCUCAGCUCCAUUAUUGUGAUGUGUGUAAGAUAAGCUGUGCUGGACCACAGACAUACAGGGAGCAUCUGGAAGGCCAGAAGCACAAGAAGAAAGAAGCUGCAGCCAAAUCUGGUACUGCAACUGCGACCACCGGCCGCGGAGGUCAGAACCAGCUGCGCUGCGAACUCUGUGAUGUUACAUGUACUGGAGCAGAUGCUUACGCUGCUCAUGUUAGAGGAGCUAAACAUCAAAAGGUACUUAAGCUACAUACUAAACUUGGUAAGCCAAUUCCAUCAACUGACCCAGUGGUUGUGGGUCAAACAAAAGCUAGCACAACAACACAGUCCACUGCUAAAACUGUUACAAGUAACACAACAAAAGCAGCUCCAGUCCAGCCUGCUCCAAGUGCUGUGAAGAAGGUCCUUGCUACUCCUAAGAUUACCUUUGUUGGUGGAAGUCAGUUGAAGACAACUGGUGCUAAGAUGGAGGAGGUGAAAGCACCCACACCUAGUUCAGCUUCAACUGUCUCCUCACAAAUUUCUGUGGAUUCUGAUGAUAUGGAUGAUGGUCCUCUAAACAUUCUUGGAGAAAAGGAUGUUACCCCAGUUGGUCAUGAGUACAUUGAAGAGAUCAAGAAUGAUGCCACUGGAAAGAUCAUCAGUUUUAACUGUAAAUUAUGUGAGUGUAAAUUCAAUGAUCCAAAUGCGAAGGAUAUGCACAUGAAAGGAAGAAGGCAUAGGCUGCAAUAUAAGAAAAAAGUGGAUCCUAGUCUACAAGUUGAGAUUAAGCCUAGUAUUCGUGUUCGCAAGAUUCAAGAGGAGAAGUUGAGACGUCAGGCACAGAAAGAGGAGUUCUGGAGACGUAAAGAGCAAGAACAAAGGAUGGAGGAGGAGUAUUACUGGGAAGAACGUCGCCGCUAUCAGGAAGAGAUGGAAUAUUAUGAGUGGCAUAGAAUGGGAAGACCUGGUAUGCCACCACUGAGAUUUGGACAAAUGCCACCAGGUGUGAGGAAGCCAGAUUCAUCUGAUGAUCGUCAUGUGAUGGCCAAACAUGCUUCAAUCUAUCCUAACGAAGAGGAGCUUCAACAUGUACAGAAUAUUGUGUCAGCUUGUGAGAAAGCUCUCAAACUAGUGUCAGACUAUGUAGCAGACUGUGAUGCAAAGGCUAAAGGUGUUGAUAGUAAAGAUGUAAAGAAAGAGCUACCUAUAAAAGUGAAGAAAGAAGUGAAAGAAUCUCCGAAGAAAGACGAGGAAACAAAAGAAACAGAGAAGGAAGAGGCUGUACCUCCACGUAUAUUAAAGGGAGUGAUGAGAGUUGGUGUUCUAGCAAAGGGUUUGCUGCUUCAUGGAGAUCUCAAUGUUCAUCUGGUUGUCCUAUGCUCGGAGAAACCCACUCGCACAUUGCUGGAGAGAGUAGCUGAUGGUCUGCCAAAACAAUUUGCUACUGUAACAGAGGAGAAGUAUGAUGUCAAGAGAUGUGUGGAGGAGGCAGCCAUCGUAGUCACAAAUAACGUGGAUCCGAAAGUCUCGUGCACGAUUACCCUAACGUCACCUAUUAUGAGAGAGUCAACCGAAGGAGAGACCACAACAGUAACGGUGAAAGAUCCUCCAGAUGUGUUGGAUAGGCAGAAAUGCCUAGAUGCUCUAGCAGCCCUACGACAUGCUAAAUGGUUCCAGGCUAGAGCAAACGGUCUGCAGUCAUGCGUUAUUGUGAUAAGAAUCCUACGAGACCUUUGCCAACGGGUUCCAACUUGGACACCACUGAAUGAAUGGGCAAUGGAACUACUUGUGGAGAAAUGUGUAAGCAGUGGAGGUGGACAUUUGAAUCCUGGAGAUGCUCUAAGACGUGUGUUUGAAUGUAUUGCUUCUGGUGUACUUCUUCCAGGUGGUCCUGGUUUAUUGGAUCCCUGUGAGAAAGACCCAGUGGAUGCUGCUUCAGGUUUGAGUAACCAAGAAAGAGAAGAUAUUACUGCUUCUGCUCAGCAUGCAUUGAGGCUGAUAGCAUUCAGACAGAUUCAUAAAGUGUUGGGCAUGGAUGCACUACCUGUACCAAGGUUUGCUAGGAGACCAUUUAGCUCCCGUAAACGUAGACGCACUGAUAGCGCUGCUGGUGAGGGCGAAGGUGAAGGAACAGCUGCGGAGAAGAAAGACAAGAAGGAAGAAGAUACUAUGGAUACAAAAUAAACAUUCUAUAUUGAGUAACAUGUGAUACACUCCUGUGUAUUAAGAGACAACUAAGUUUGAUAAGUUGGUGAAUCAUUUUUAAAACUAUAUUUUUUGUGUGUUUGUAUUUAUAGAUCAUUAAAAUCCUAAAAUGUCAGUCAUUGAGAGUGAGAGAGGCAGACAUUUAGGUGAAAAUAUUUUUCUUUCAAGUAUGAUGCACUUGUUCGAUGUGAUUAUACAUUCUUUUUUUUGUAAAUAAAUGCAUGAAAUUUAUAUACUAUUUUUUUUUAUUUGAAAAUUCAGUUCGUUAGAUAAGGAAAUUGUGGUUUACUAGAAAGGUGACCAAACAUUGAAUUACUGCUUCUUUAUUCUUACUUUACUGUUGUCACUAUGUUCUGAGAAGGAUUGUAAAAUUGUGAAUCCUGUCUAGUUUUAUGAAUGGUUUAUUUUGUUUCGUUUUGUUUUCUGUGUCCGGAAGCAUUAUAACUAAUUCAUCUUGCAAAAUCAUGUUGUUUUCCUUUCAUAAUGCUCCGUUUUAAGGAGAUUUAUUUUUGUUGUAAAUGUUUGUCUUUGAGAAGUAAUUUACAUAUGUAUAUAGGUAAACAUAAUCUAGUGAUGUGGGUGUGUCAUAAAGGGAUUGUCACCAUGUCAAGCCUUGAUGAGGUAUUUUUAUCAGGACAAUACUUAAUGGGGGUGGGGGAGGUAUAAUUCCAUUUGUUAAUCUCCAUGUUCCGAAGAGAAUGCAUGAGGGAAAAAUAAUGUAUAUUAAUAGUCAAACUAUUUAUACAAUACUUUGUAAACUUCAAAAAUAUUUGGUCAAACUCUAGGAAAUUUUCAUCUAUUACUGCAUUGCAUUGUACAUGUUCAUCAUAAUUUUUGUAAAGAUCCAUGUUGUCAAAACAUGUUGUGGUAAUAAAGAGAAAAUAUACUGA